ACUCACUAUCCCCUUGCAACUUGAGGGUCCGUUUGGCAGAUGUGACCGUGUCCGCGAGUUAGUGACAGACCUGCGUGGAGUAGAAGCGUGACCGGGUGAAGGAUCUGGUUGCAAAUGAGAAACUGGUCGUUUCUUCAGAUGCUAUAUAGUGGUGAAGGAGCAGAAACUGUUUCCAUGCUGCACAUCUGCUUUCAGCGCUGGAAUUUGGUCAGGAGUCACACCCACACGGAGCCUCUCCGAGUGCAUUCACCGUUUGUAUCCUAGGUGAGAACAUCUAUUUCUUUUUUCCCUUAAGCAGAAGAAAACAGCCUAAAUGCAUAUCCGUGCGCACACCUUACAGCACAUUGCGCAUCUGACUGGAGUUUAAUUUUGAAAUUCUGCACCGGAUGCGCAUUAUUUUCUCCCCUCACUCUUGAUGGUGUGAAUUACUCUCGGAGCGCCACAAGAACCUAACAGAGGCGCAGUUGCUCCCUGACACCCAAAAAACACCCUUUCUUUAAGUUUGAUUUUUUUACCCUUCCAAAUAUAAAUUUUUAGUGUUUUCUAAACUCAAACUUGUUAUCAAUUUUUUCUGUUAGGCUUUUCUUCUUUUUCUUUUGUUCAAGAGCAGAAUUUGAUGAUGAAGAGGCAACAUUUUAGUGGGAAGGGCCCAGCUGGAGAGCUUUUACGCAUCGUGGAGCGUUUUCACAGAUUGCUGCGCUGAAGAAACACAUCCUUGAGGUUUUCCUGCGCUGCGGACUAAUGAAGUACGGACCUGUGGUUCUCUCCGCUGGGCUCACCGGCAUGCUCAGCUUCAUCCUUCUGGCUGUUGCAAUUGGAACUGAUUACUGGUACAUAAUCAAUGUAAACAAACCCAACUGCACGGGUCCUGAUGACCUGAGCUCGCACUCUGGAUUAUGGACAAUCAAUGAAGGAGCAAAUAAGAGUUCAGUUAUCACUCCUUUCACAGCAAAUAUGUCCAGUCUGUCAGAGACAGAGAGGCAUCUCAUCGGCUUGCACAGAGUGGUGGUCAUCAUGUUGCCUCUCAGUCUGGUGCUGUUACUGCUGGGAUGGAUCUUUGGACUGGUCAGUUCGCUGGCCUGCAGUCCCAAGCUGCUGGCCGCAUCAGCAUGCUACUUCCUUACCUGCAGUGUUUCCACCCUGUCAGGGGUCAGCACGUACAUCAAAUACUCCAAUCUCGCCAUGGAGGAGUUCCAGCGGAUUGUGCCCCCUGAAAACCUCACCUUCGUGCAGGUGUCGUUUGGUUGGUCACUGGCCACGGCGUGGCUCUCCUACAGCCUGGAGGUGGCAGCCGGCCUUCUGCUCAUGCUGGCUGCUAGAAUAAUUCAAAUGAAGGGGCACUAUGACUCGGGAGUAGCCAUCGCCAUGUUAUAACAAAACACACAAACCUUCUUUUUGUGGCUGUUACAUAUUUAUUAUUGUUCAUAAAGUGUUAUUAACGGUAAUAGACCAACAAGAGGUUAAUCCCACAUAAUGUAAUAAAAGAUGCCUGUAGGUAAACACAAACUGAGACAAAGAAGCUGAUUAAAUUAUCUUGUUUAACAUCUUUUUCUUCAUUGUGGUUGCUGGCAGAUUAUAGACCGCUGCCUUUCAUCUUGUGCUGUUUUGUCUCCAUUGUCCAUUUUUUACUAUAAUGUCACAUGAAACGAAGCCGACGAUUCACAGGGUAAUUAUAGCCGUGCAUUUUUUCCCCAGCGCUGAUUGUAUUAACACUGUAUGUUUCCAGCCUUGUUGUGGUGUCAAUAUUUUCUUUUUCAUGUGUUGGGACUCUCACGCCUCACAAAGGAUGCUAGCAUCCCCCCCUCUCCAGUGCUGUGCAUUUUCUAAAUGUGGCUUGCAUUAGUGCUGCGGUGUGUUUCAUUGAGAGCUCUGUGGAGCAAACCACCGCAUGGCACACAGUAAGAGGGGGUAUAGGUUCUAAUAAUUCCUAACAGCCCAGCUGCUAAAUUGCUGCUUGGUGUGCCUAAGACCAAACAAAAAAAAAAAAAGAGAGGA